UCUAGAACUAAAGGCCAUAUCCAAUCCAAUGGUUAUAUGUAGUGGAUAUAUGGCUCCAGAGUACUUCACAAAAGGGCGCUACUCAACAAAAUCAGAUGUGUAUAGCUUUGGUGUGAUGGUACUGGAAGUAGUCAGUGGCCAAAAGAUUGGAUAUUUCCGUGUCGGGGAGGAUGUUGUAGACCUUAAAACUUAUGCAUGGCAAAGCUGGAAUCAGGGGGCUGCUAUGGAUCUGAUUGAUCCCACAUUAGGUGGACCAACAAGUAAAAUGAUGAGAUGUAUACACAUUGGGUUACUAUGUGUUCAAGAAAAUGCAGCCAACAGACCAACCAUGGCCACAGUUGUUCUAAUGCUUAAUAGCUGCUCCUAUAUCCCUCCAGCACCCUCACGGCCAGGCUUUUUUGUGCAUGGUAGCAAUGAAUCCAACAGAAGGGACCGUGAAUGCUCGCAUCAGUCAGUCAAUGAGGCUUCCAUUACAGAGCCUUAUCCCAGAUAGUUUUAUCACUUUAUGCCAUUUUGGGUUAUA